UCUACCAUUUCAUGCUCAGGUAAUUCUCACAUGGCAGUUACAUCGCAGAAGAUUCGGGGCGUACGGCGGCACGGGCAGCUUCUGUUUCGUCGUCGAUGAUCCAUCUUUGAACUGAACGCUCUUUCAGAGCCGGCUCUUUUGAAACUCUCUUUAUCUCAACCCUCCCUCCUAACAGCUAUUACCAGAGAUUUUGAAAACAUUAAGCUCAACGUCGGCUUCUAUCUUGAAGUUGCUGUUUAUAAUGCCCAACAAGUGCUUUUCACAUGUCGGGCCUGACUAGUGUUCACAAAAGAAAGGGAAGGGAAUCUACAUUGCACGGAAUUUAUUGCUCUUACUAGUUGCUACUUCACUCUGCUCACCCGCUUCAUUCAUCUAAAUUUCAAACUUUUACAGUCAUGGCAUCAAUUACAUCAAAGUUGUAUUCAGAUGACGUUAGUCUUCUUGUGGUUCUACUCGACACCAACCCUUUUCUCUGGAGCGGGGAAAACACCACCACCAAUUCGCUUUCCUUCCCCAAAUUCCUCACUCAUGUCUUUUCAUUUCUGAAUUCCAUUCUCCUCCUCAAUCAACUCAAUCAAGUGGUAGUUAUUGCCACUGGGCUCAAUUCUUGUGACUACAUUUAUGAUUCCUCAUCAUCGCCCACAACUGUAGAGAGUUUGGAGAAUGGGAGAAUGCCUGCACUUUGCUCCAAGUUGCUGCAGAACUUGGAGGAAUUUCUGGCUAGAGAUCAAGAGUUGAACAAAGACGAGUCACCACCUGGGAUUGCAUCCUCAUUGCUGUCAGGAUCAUUGUCUCUGGCCCUUUGUUAUAUACAGAAGGUGUUCCGUUCUGGACCGCUUCAUCCUCAGCCUAGGAUUUUAUGCCUGCAGGGAUCCUCAGAUGGACCUGAACAAUAUGUUGCAAUAAUGAAUGCAAUAUUCUCGGCCCAACGUUCCAUGGUUCCUAUUGAUGCAUGUGUUAUAGGGGCCCAACAUUCUGCCUUUCUGCAGCAGGCUUCUUACAUAACAGGGGGCGUCUAUCUGAAGCCCCCACAACUGGAUGGAUUGUUUCAGUAUCUUUCGACUGUAUUCAGCACUGAUUUACAGUCCCGCAGCUUCUUACAACUUCCCAAGCCUGUGGGAGUGGACUUUCGUGCCUCGUGUUUUUGCCAUAAAAAGACCAUUGACAUGGGCUACAUCUGUUCAGUUUGCUUAUCUAUAUUCUGUAAGCAUCACAAGAAAUGUUCAACGUGUGGGUCUGUCUUUGGUCAGGCUCACUCUAGUGCUACUACAACUUCAGACAGGAAGAGGAAGACUACAGAAUCCUAGUUCUAUCUUGGAUUAGGGCAUAACAGGGUGAACUCCAUGGAAAAAGGUGGCAUAUAUAUUUAAUUACGUGGACUUCAAGUAUCAAUGGCCAGAGGAGUUUGACGAGUUUUGUGACCUCUGGCAUCUUACGUGGCAAGAUUUUAAAUUGGAAACUCGUUCUCACGCAUACAUAUAUACCUAGCUGCAAUAUAACAGGAAAAUAAUGUUCAUGGGUGAUGUGAUGUGGAUUAUAGCUGUGUCCUUUGUGCUUUUAUGCCUUCUACAAAACAUUCCUUUACCUUGGUAUUUUGCCCUCUGUAUAGCCACUUUUAAUGCAGAGCACUGAAAACAUGAGGUCACAAACCAGGCCUGUAAUAAACGGUAAGGGCCCUUUUUUCCCAGUCCUAGCCUGUGAAAUGAAGAACAGUGCUUCAUAUGACAAGAGAAACCUCAGCGGCUUAGCCCUUAGCCCCCUUUGGGUAAAACUAUUAGAGGUUAGGUGUCAGACCCUUAUCAUUUUGACCCCGUGACAUUAGGGAUGUAAGGGAAAUCUUUGCCAUUAAGGAGGGUUAUAGCAGGUCAUUUUUGUUCCCCAACUUAUGAGUCAUAUCUUUGAAAUGCUAUGGUUCUAUGCAGGGUUCAAAGAAUCAAACCAUCGAUAUGUAUUUGUUAUGAGGAUCAUUGAUAUGCUAAAUACAAGGAUUUAUAACAAGUGGCCUUAUUUAACCGUUAA